AUGCGGCUUCUUCAUGCCUUUCUACUGAUUGCCUGUGUAUCGGAAGACCUCUCUUUUCCUCAAGCCUUCGCCUCGCCAGUAAACACAGGCGGUCCAUCAUCCUUCACAUACAACAGGACGAAUUUCCUUCUCAAUGGCAUGCCCUAUCAGAUCAUCGGGGGGCAAAUGGACCCCCAAAGAGUCCCACCUCAAUACUGGCGCGAUAGACUGAAGAAAGCACGAGCGAUGGGCUUAAAUACCAUAUUCUCGUAUGUAUUCUGGAACAUGCUGGAACCGCAGCAAGGCAACUGGGUCAACACUGGCGAGAACAACAUUGCAGGGUUUUUCCGCAUCGCUGAAGAGGAACAAUUGAAGAUUGUACUUAGACCCGGGCCGUACAUCUGUGGAGAGAGGGAUUGGGGCGGGUUUCCUGCUUGGUUGGCUGGUGUUCCUGGCUUGGUUGUGAGAGAUUAUAACGCGCCGUUCAUGCAAGCUUCAAGGAGGUUUAUUGAAAGGCUUGCCGUUGAUAUUCGGGAGCUGCAGUCUACCCGUGGAGGCCCGAUAUUGAUGGUCCAAGUGGAAAACGAAUACGGCUCUUACGGACGUGAUCACAAUUACACAUCGGCACUCCUUGAUAUCCUUCGGACAACAUUUGACAACGGGACUGUGUUUUACACAAACGACGGAAGUGAAGAUUGGACAUUGGAAGGAGGAUCCGUCCCUGGUGUCCUUGCUGAAAUUGAUGGUGGCGUGAUGGGAUUCGACGCACUUGAACGAUAUAUCACCGAUCCCUCACAAAAAGGACCUCUUCUCGACGGGGAGUACUAUACCUUUACAGCGGAUAUAUGGGGCCCAUCCAAUCCACACAAUAGCCCUGGAAGCGGAACCAUCGCAGGCUUCGUUAGCGAUCUUGAUUAUGUCCUUGGCAACAAGUCGGUUUCCAUCAGUCUCUACAUGUUUCAUGGCGGUACGAACUUUGGCUUCAGUAAUGGUGCGCUGUGGCAGGAUCAGACGAGAGUAUGGACUUCCAGCUAUGAUUAUGGCGCACCGCUUGAUGAAAGUGGUAGAAUCACGGACUCGUACAAUGCAAUUCGGCAGACGAUACAGAAAUAUGUGGAAGUGGGGAGCAUUCCGGAUGUCCCGUUGAAUCUUCCUAUGAUGGAAGUGCCUGAAUUCAAGUUGCAGCCGGUAAUACAACUCUUUGAAACCCUGGGAAAGAAUACGCUCGCAGAGUUCCCGAUGUCAAUGGAGGCUCUGGGUCAAGAUUAUGGCUUCACACUCUACGAAAACAUAAUUACGUGGCCCGUAAGCGGAUCAAUUCAACCAGGAGGCCAUGCUCGGGAUCGAGUCAUCAUCUAUGUGAACGGAAAUAGAAUUGGCAUCAUCGACAGUGAAUACAAGAACCCCCCAGCUGUCAAUGUAUCCCUUGGAAUCGGUGACAAACUCCAACUGUUUGUGGAGAAUCUCGGAAGAGUAAAUUACUAUUCACGAGGAACCCCGUACCAGAAUCGUGUCACAGAUCCUUACAAAGGCAUCGUGGGCAACGUGACGAUUGGAGGAAUAGUACUUCAAGACUGGAGCAUGUUCACACUUCCCCUCGCAGACAUUUCUUUCGUCGACAAUAUUGUGGGUGACGCUGUCGAAGCUGCCAACACCUCUCAAAACACACCUGUAUUUUAUAGGGGCUGCUUCAAUGUUACGAAAGAGUUUUCCGACCUGAUGGAGUUGGACACAUAUCUCGCUAUCCCCGCAGGCGUGAAGGGAAACGUCUGGGUGAACGGUUUCAAUCUAGGAAGGUAUUGGCGUGUAGGACCUCAACAAUCGUUGUACCUUCCUGGCACAUUACUGAAGCCAGGCGACGAGAAUCAAGUUGUGGUUCUGGAAUUGGAACCGGAUCGUGUGAAGGGGGAGAUGGUGGGGAAAGGGUUGGCGCAGAGGGAAUGGGGGAAUAAUCUGGAUGAAGAUUGUUUGACGUGUACUUAG